GGGCGGCAGCCGCCGUCAGUCAGUCACCCCUGAUCUGCAUUGAUCCCUCCGGGCCGCUGGGGGCGCUCGUCCUCUCCUUACAGCCGGGCUGAGGCGGCCCAGGCGCUGCCUGACCGCAAUCCGUUCCGUCUCGCUCCCGUCUCCCCGCGGCCGCAGUUCUCAGGCGCUGUGCGGGCAGCCCGGCCGGCUGAGGGCCCCGGUCCUGUUGUCCCGCUCGGCGGUGCUGGCGGCGCUCGGGGCGGGAUGGCCACCAAGAACUUCCGCGUCAGCGACGGGGACUGGAUCUGUCCUGAUAAGAAGUGCGGGAACGUGAACUUCGCCAGGCGGACCAGCUGCAACCGAUGCGGGAGAGAGAAAACCACCGAGGCCAAGAUGAUGAAGGCCGGGGGAACCGAGAUCGGGAAGACGCUGGCGGAGAAAAGCCGCGGCCUGUUCAGCGCCAACGACUGGCAGUGCAAAACAUGUGGUAAUGUGAACUGGGCCAGGAGGUCAGAAUGUAAUAUGUGUAAUACUCCGAAGUAUGCCAAGCUGGAGGAGCGGACAGGAUAUGGAGGAGGAUUUAAUGAACGAGAGAAUGUUGAAUAUAUAGAACGUGAAGAAUCAGAUGGGGAGUAUGAUGAGUUUGGUCGCAAAAAGAAAAAGUAUAGAGGAAAACCAGUUGGUCCAGCAUCAAUCCUGAAGGAAGUAGAAGAUAAGGAAUCUGAGGGGGAAGAUGAGGAGGAUGAGGAUGGAGAUCUUUCCAAAUACAAACUGGAUGAGGAUGAGGAUGAGGAUGAUGCUGACCUCUCAAAGUAUAAUCUCGAUGCCAGUGAAGAAGAGGACACUAAUAAGAAAAAGAAAUCCAAUAGGCGCAGUCGUUCCAAGUCUCGAUCUUCCCACUCACGAUCUUCAUCACGCUCAUCCUCUCAUUCAAGCUCAAGGUCUAGGUCCAGGUCCCAUUCAAGAAGUUCUUCCAGUUCCAGAUCAAGAUCUCGUUCCAGUUCCAGAGAACACUCUAGAUCUCGUGGGUCGAAAUCAAGAUCCAGCUCCAGGUCCUACAGGGGGUCUUCAACCCCAAGGAAAAGAUCUUACUCAAGCUCUCGUUCGUCCUCGUCCCCCGAGAGGAGCAAGAAGCGAAGUCGUUCUAGAUCUUCUUCAUCUGGUGAUCGCAAAAAAAGACGAUCGAGAUCACGGUCACCCGAAAGACGCCGCAGAUCAUCAUCUGGAUCUUCCCAUUCUGGUUCCCGUACAAGUUCUAAAAAGAAAUAAUGUCUUAAAGCUCACACGUAGGAAAAAAAAAAAAAAAAAGGAAAAAUUUCCAGUCAGUGCAUGAGACAUUUUUAAGAAGUUGGUGUCUUACUUGGUCAGAAGUGCUAAAUCUGCUAGUAGAGGUGCAUGUCUGUCCUUGCUUCCUGGAAAACUGCAGCUUUGUUCAUUCACCAAACAAAAAGCGAGGUAGCAUUUUAAGCCAUAAACUCCUCAGAGGAGGUGAGGAGGUUUUUUGUUUUGUUUUCUUUGAGUAAGAGGGGAUUUUUUGGUUUGUUUGUUUAAUUUUAAGGCUCAGUUACUCCAUCCCUGGCUUCCCAUAGCAGACGUGGGCUGGGUGCGCCCAUGAACCACCCUGCUCUUUAUCUGGCAAUUACAAAGAGAGACCUGAGGGUGUCAGAGGGGCCCUUGAGCUUUUCUGCAUCGCAGGAGCUUGUUUCGUGUAGCUCUUGUUGUGGGACCACAAAGAUUAGUGUAGCUGUUGGGCUGUUGUUGCUCGUUGGAUCAAAGUAGCGAGUUCCCGGGUCUCUUUAUUUCUCCGUGUUGAAGCAGAAGUGUGGGUGGUCGCCCCCUUCUCUCCCUGUAACCACGCUCAGAGCAGAAAUGCUGCUGAGUCCCAAAGCCCAUCGUGUGAUUCUGCAGAGCGAGCUGGACGUUGUUCCUUCCAUGUGGGGAUGUGUGAGAUGUGGGGCGCUGCCCCUCCACUGCUCCAGCCUUGUAGCUGCCCGUCCUGUCCCUGUAGACGUGCCCUUCCUGCCGCUGGUGCUGGGCGCAGUAUUUUACAUGCGUGGAUCCUGGACUUUGCAGUCCUUUCUUAGUGAGGGAUCACUGGGGAGCUCCUCUUGAGUUGCAGUGCUGGAAAUGGCUUCUUGGAAUCAAGGCAAGUUUCUGCAGCCCAUCUGUAAAAUCCAUUUUCAGCAGAUAAAUUUUCCAGGUAUCUGAAUUUUAUUUAUGUUUGAAACCCAAAAUGAAUGGCAGAAAGUCCCGCUGUCAGCAGUGUGUUCCUCACCAUUCUUUUUGUUUUCCCCCCCAAACACAUAAUUUAUGGCUUAAAAUGCUGUACAGAAUUUAUUUCACUAGUAAUAUCACAUUGAAUCUCGGUCUCUCUUGAGCUCCGUUUGGUUAAGAAAGAUUUAAGUGUCUUCAGUGCCAUCGCAAGGUAAGUAUGUUAAGGACAACUCUGUAAGCAAACAAACAGCAAUACCUGCAGUUACCUCUGCUGUGCAGUUUCAGCUCAUAGUCCUACACCAAAACAAACAGAGCACAACUAACAGCUGCGUUGCUUUCCUUUCCAAGACGCUUCUUUGGGGCUGUUCUGUAUCACAAUUGUUUUGGUGUAGAAAUAUUUUCGUUAAUCUUUUUAGCAGGGGAUAAAAAACCAAACAAACCCGACCUGCAGUUUCUUCUCCAAUGCUUUCUUUCCAUCUGAUUUCCGUGCUGAGUGUGUGUAGGUUACACAAGAGCAGGUUAGUCUCAUAACUGUGCCUCUGGCGACCUCCAACUACUAAAGUGUAAAGAGCAGAUCUACUAGGCGCUGUGUUGUUACCUUCGGUUCUUUCUCUUGUGCUCUGUAUUGCAAUUGUUGCUGUACUUACCCAGAUGAGAGUUUUUCCAUUUAGUGAGUGGUGGCCUACAGACAAAAGACAAUUAUGGUUUCGUUUGGCUUAGAUAAAAUGUAAGGCAAAAUGAUUCUGUAGACGAGUGUAAAUAAAAGCUGUGAGUCAA